AUGGAAACCACCAGCCACGCCAUGAAGGACAAAGACAAAAAGGGUAAUACCAGACGAAAGCCCGAGACGCCUAACCACCGUGACCAACCUUCCAAAAGAAGACGCGCGCCGUCAUCCCAGCUCGCGGUCGACACGGAGGUGGAGAAUUUGGCCCAGGUUGGUGACGAACCAGGUCCAAGACUCGCCACUGACGAGGGCGAAGAAUCAUCCGAUGCAAAUGAUGCAAAUGAUGCACACGCAGAAGGGGAUAUCUGGAGUGGUAACAGCUCGACGAUGGAGCUUGUGGCUGAAGCAUUUCACCAUCACGACCGCAACGCAAUAGCAACCCCGGAAACCCCGGCAUUGGGGUAUGGCAGUACGCCCCGCUCCAUUCCCGAUCUUCAGACCUCCUCGGUUCGUAGAAACACUCUCCAAAGCAAGAGACCCCGCGCAGCCCUAGGAGAGUUAUGGGAUCUUUUGCCCAGCUGGGACGCCGCCAGCAUCUUGAUCGAAAACUACUUCGACAAGAUCCACUGGUUCGUGCUGUUAUUUCAUCAGGGGGAGUUCAGAAAGUCGUCGAUUGAUCUAUAUCCCAGCACGUCCCCAUCACAUACGAGACUGGUCUUCCAGGCCACUGGCCGUGUUUGCGUGCUUCUGGCAGUUUGCGCCCUGAGCCUCGGCUACCUAGACACCGAUCAGGAGACCAAGCUCGUCGAAUUCGGUGUGGACAAACAAGCUUUAAAAGAGCGCACCCUGUUCAUUCUGAGGCUCCACAUUCUCGAUGUCCUUGCGCUUGGGUCUCUCGAAGCUGUUCAAACAACAGUGCUUCUGGGCAGUUACUAUUUUUAUCACGGAGAACCCGAGUUGGCCUGGCCUUUGUGCGGUGGCGAUUGGUUCCAUCCGGAUCUCGAGGAACGGACAUUUGACAACAAGCUCUUCCGACUACAAGCCCUGGCGCUCAAGCUAGCCUUUCUGAAGCCUCGCGGGCUUCUACUUGAUUCCCAAACGGGAGUUCAUAACCGUACCUCCACGUUUCGCAUGCUGCUUCAGUCAUGCCGCGACGCUGCCCUCCAGAUUUCCUGGGCAGGAACGCUUCCCGUCUUCCAAGAGGCGUCGGGCACUUUCGCUGUGAACUUUAUCUCGUUGCAUCUCCUCACGGCGGGAGUUGCGCUUUGCGUCAUCACAAGCUCUGACCCACUAAGCGGCGAUGCGCAUGACGCCAAGUUAGGCUUGCAGGUUCUACAGGAGCUGCUAUCGCUUGCCAUGCGAAAGGAGACAGAGGCCUUACUCCGGGUUCACGUAACCCCGAGCGAGACCACGAGGCCACAGACAAUAGCUAGUAUCCCGAAGACUAGUUUCGCCUCGGAGAAAGAUACCGAGGAGAGAAAUGGCCACCAAAGUGCACCGUCUGCACCAAGCGACCCUCAUGAGAUGCUCCCCGAUGGAAGCGAGGAGAACAUCACUAUGCAGGCGGUUAUUGAUUUUGAGCAAGCUAUGAAUAGUAUCGAUACAACUACGCCAGGCAAUCAAAAAUUUCUUUCUCCGCUCCCACCAGACUUCUUACUUGCUGAUGAGUAUAUUGGCCAAGAUCAGAAUUGGAUGUGGGACCCAGCCUUUGACGCUGGAUACAUGUUCAUGGACCAGAUCAACAACACUUGA